CGCACAUUUGACCACUCCGAGAGCCAACCAGAAAAACAUUGUGGACAACACCAUUUCAAAACGACGCGAGGAACUUGGACAUACUACUAGUAGCUAGUACCGGUACUAUAUAGCUAGUAGGAGGAAGCAACACAAUGGCAUCCGGGUUGGCACUGCAGCUGAGCGAAUCAGAAAAGCUAUACUUGAUUGAUGGUUGUGCUGAUAACUGUCGGUUGGAUGGGAGGGAAAGGGAGGAUAUUCGCCAAUACACAAUAGUUACCAGUUCCGAGACAACAUCGGCGGAUGGACACCCGCCAUUGAUGCUCUCGAAUGGAUCGGCGCGUCUGAUCUUGUCCUCUUCUGGUUCUACUUCCACUCACAUUCUUUGCAGUGUCAAAGUGGAAGUGAUGACUCCUUCGCAGUCGCAACCAAACCAAGGGAAUCUCAUUGUUCAUGUGGAAGACAGCCUUGCUGCGAACUCCUCACUGUCUCGCAAGAAGAACGAGGAAGACCGGAACAGAGUGCAGUCCAUCAUAUCUGAAUUACUGGCUACAAAUCUUAUCGACCUGGAAAGUCUAUGCAUUAUCCCAUAUCACUAUGCAUUCAACGUCAGUGUGGAUGUUGAGAUUCUCUCGGGUACUGCAGGAAGCAUCAUUGAUGCCUGCUGUCACGCAAUACGAGCAGCUCUCCAAAAUACACUUCUACCCAAAGUUGUUCCAUCCUCCAUUGUCAACGAUGCUGGGACAUCCAUGGACCCAGUCGGUUCGUCUUCUUCAGAUCUCAUGUUGGAGUCAGAUCUUAGCCUGGCUCAGACUCCAUCGGGGAUUGACAAUGCUGCAGUGGUCGUCACGGUUACAGUGUGUCAUCGAGCACUCACCAAUUCCUACCUGCUUUUGCUGGAUGCGUCUCUAGAAGAAGAGGCGUGCUGCUUUUGUCAAGUUCAUGUGGCUGUAGACGCUCGAGAAGGGACUGAACCCACAAUUUGUGCCCUCCGAAAGACAGGGAACGGGUCAUUGCCUUGGGAAUUGUUGCCAGAAAUCACAGCUCUAGCUGUCAAAGCUGUUCCCAUGGCCAAGUCAUCUUUCAGGGUGGCUGGUAGUUCUAGAAAUAACGCAUCACUGCUGCAAACGCAGCUUGACAUUCAAUAGACAAACCAAAACAUCCAACUUCUGUCAUCACC